GGCAAGACAUGAAUGCUGGAAGGGUCGUCUGUAGUGUUGUUGGGCCGCCGCUGCUGCUCCUGCCUUAUUUUACCUUCAUUUUCCUCUACUUUCACCAUGUCCGAGGAAUUAGAUGAGAUAAAGGAAGAAGGCGAUGACUAUUACACAUUUCUCAACAUUCCAAGAAACGCAGCAGAUGAAGAGAUAAACAAUGCAUACCGUCGGCUGAGCAGACUUUAUCACCCUGACAAGCACACAGACCCUGACCGUAAAGCAGAAGCUGAGCUGCUCUUUGGCAAAACGAAAAAGGCUUAUGAAGUGCUGAGCGAUGCUCACAUGCGAGCCAUAUAUGAUAACUUGGGGACAGCAGGACUGGAAACCCAGGGUUGGGAGAUUGUUCAGCGAACUAAAACCCCACAUGAGAUCAGGGAAGAAUAUGAACGUCUGGCACGCGAGCGUGAGGAGCGUCGGCUGCAGCAGCGAACAAACCCUAAGAGCUCUGUAACCAUGACAAUCAAUGCCACUGAUCUCUUCUCUGUUUAUGACGACGACUCUCCUUUUCUGGAUCUGAGGGAUUUGUUUGGUUUACAUCACUCCACCACCAUUGAAAUUAGUGGAAUGACCCUCAAUAAGCAAAUUGAAGCUCACUGUAAAUAGAGAACCUGCAAUUCUUCGGGUAACCUUUCAUCUCAAAACGGUAAUGGAAGCGGUGGUAUCAAUUGCUCAAUUCGAAGAGUAACAUCAGAUAAGGGGUGGGGAGAGGUUGAAGUUGGAGCAGGAAAUGGUCUGACUAUAGCAGCCAAAGCCUUCAGAAACUUUUCCCGUGGUAUGUUUGGAAAUGGAUCUGUCAUUACACAUUUCACUCCUAAUGGACUACGUGUGGGCACAGUCACAACUUUAGCAAACCAGUUAGAUAAGCAUACAGUGGGUUAUCUGACAUGGAAGGCUGGGAUGCAGAGUGGCAUGAACACAAUGAUUAUUCGUGAUACUCCCUUCCAGCAUUUAGUGUGCUCUGCAUAUAUUGGUAUACCACACACCUAUAUUGCAGUGUCUUAUACUCACAAGAUGCCAGAACAGGAAUACAAAGUAAAGUUAACGGGCAAAGCUGGUACAUUUGGAGCCAUAUUAGAGUAUGGAGCAGAGAAGAAAAUUUCCCAGAACAGCUCUCUUGCUGCAUCUCUUGCACUAGGUAUACCAACAGGUGUUCAACUCAAAAUCAAGCUUCAUCGUGCAUCUCAGACCUAUGCUGCAACUAUAAUGCUGUGCGAGGAAAUCUUGCCAGCACCAGUAAUCUAUGGGACAUUGGUACCUCUUAUGAGUUGGUUAGCUGUUCAAAAACUCAUCAUUCAACCAUAUAUGCGGCAACAGAAACAAGCAGAGCUACUUAAGCAGAGAGAAGCAAACAGAAGCAGAUUAUUAGAGAAACGUCGUGAGGCUCUGGCAGCUGUGGAGUUGAUGCGAGAAACAGUGAGAAGAAUAGUAGAGCAAGAAGAAGCACGGAAAGGUCUCGUCAUACUCCAAGCCUGGUAUGGGCAGUUAGUAGUGGAAGGUUCAACCGAGGAAUGUGGGUCACCAGAAGUGGUUGACGUUACUAUUGCCCUGCAGUGUUUGGUCAAAGACUCUAAGCUAAUAUUACAAGACUCAUCUAAGUGUUCACUUCCGGGCUUCUAUGAUCCUUGUCCUGGAGAAGAGAAGAAUCUGCGGGUGCGUUACCUGUUUCAUGCUGUUACUCAUGAGGUCACCAUCAAGGAUAAUGAUUCACUCAGGAUACCUAAACAAUCACAUCGUUUGGAAACGUAACACAGAGGACAACUGGUGUAUGUACAUACUGAAACUGUUGUCCUGUUUUAAAGUGUAUAUAAUGUAGAAUGUGUAUAAUAUAACUGACUAUAAAGUUUUUAACUUUCUUGAUACUGGAGUUCUUAUAAUGAAUUUUCAUUAUAGCUUCACUGGUCACCUGAAAAGGAGUAGAUUUCAAUCUAAAAUUAAAUUGUUAAAUACUCAUCACUGAUUUUUUUAUACAGUUAAAUCUUGUAACAAUUCUAUGUUGCAAUGUUGAAUCUGAUUGUCGGAUCCUUAGGGGCAAUAUCUUGAUAUAAGACAUUGUGUGAAUACAGUUUUUAUUAUUUUAUUAACACACUCUCCGAUUCCCACCAAGGCAGGGUGGCCCGAAAAAGAAAAACUUUCACCAUCAUUCACUCCAGUAUAAGUACUAUAUGGGUAUAGCCUACAUUUUGAAAACAGCAAUCAUAAUGGUACUGUAUAACAUAAAUGAUCCAAUACCACUAAUAUCAAAUCAUUAUUAUUAUUUUUUUUUUAAUAAGUCGGCCGUCUCCCACUGCUAAGUCUCUCAGUGUAAAUGCACCGUGAACUAUACGUGUCUCAGUGUAUAUACUCCGAGAGCUGCAUGUGUCUCACUGUACAUACUCCGAGAACUGUACGUCUCUCGGUGUAUAUGCAUGAAGAACUGUGUGUCUCAAUGUAUAUACACCGAGAACCAUAUGUUUCUCGGUGUAUAAUCACCGAGAGCUGUUUGUCUCGGUGUAUAUACACCAAAAACUGUUAAUUAAACUCAGAUGCCAUACAGCCACUGAGAAGUGGCAGGUAUUGGUUUGCUAAAGGGAAAUGAGGGCAGCUCCAAUUCCUUGGCUCUAAAGCCCUUCACCAGCAUCAGAGUUACUCAUUGAGUGAGCUGUCUGUAUAGGAAUAUAUAAUAUACUUUUAUUAUAAUUUUUGGCUCCUUUUAAUGGGGCCACAUAAUGAACUUUUUUGUAGUCCUAAGUGAAUAUUACCAAUACAAAGCUUUUACAAAUUUCUAACAUAGAUAAAAAAACAAGAAAAAUAGUAUAUAAUCAGUAGAUGAGUGUGAAGAUAUUGCUUCAAAGGAUCCUAACAAGAUAAUCUACAGCAAAGGAUAAACUAAAUUAGGUCGACUCUUAAGUAGAUAUGGAGUGUACUGCCUUUUUUUUCAUGUAAGGAGAGCAAAGACAUGAAGUAUGAAAAGAAUAAACUGCCAGUAAUAA